GUGCAGAUACAGUGGCUCGAGCUUGUCAUGAUUUCUUGGAUUUACUGCCGUGCUGAUUCAGUUGACAGAGGUCAUGAUCAAGAAGAAUUGAUGCUUGAGUUUAAUGGGUUUGCCUAACUGCGAGCUUAUCAGGACGUGAAGGGUGUAAGCUGGAUUCCUGAGAUCCGAUUUGGGGAUGAUUUUGCAGUGGAUUGCUAGAAUUACCGGUUAUUGAUCGAGGGAUCUGUUUUGCCAACUGGGUUUUCCUUAGUUUACUUCCUCUGCAUUGCAACAAUGGCAAUCAGUGCAAUUUCUCACAUUUUAACCAAACUGGGGAUGGUCUCAACGUCUGACCAUGCUUCGGUCGUGUCCAUGAACCUCUUUGUGGCCCUUCUCUGCGCGUGUAUUGUGAUUGGCCAUUUGUUGGAGGAGAACCGGUGGAUGAAUGAGUCCAUUACCGCCCUCGUGAUAGGUCUAUGCACGGGAGUGGUUAUCUUGCUUACAACUAGAUGGAAAAGCUCGCACCUUCUAGUGUUCAGCGAAGAUGUCUUCUUCAUCUAUCUUCUUCCACCUAUAAUAUUCAACGCGGGAUUACCCUUUACUGGACCUCCCUAGAACCAGGUUUCAAGUGAAGAAAAAGCAGUUCUUCCGCAAUUUCAUGACAAUCAUGCUCUUCGGUGCAGUGGGCACUCUUAUAUCAUUCUUCAUCAUAUCAUUAGGUGCUAUGUAUAUCUUGAAUAAACUGCUGAAUAUCAGUGCCCUCGAGAUGAGCCUGGGAGAUUAUCUUGCAAUCGGGGCAAUAUUUUCUGCGACAGAUUCUGUCUGUACCUUGCAGGUGCUUAAUCAGGACGAGACACCAUUGCUUUACAGUGUUGUCUUCGGGGAAGGAGUUGUUAAUGAUGCAACUUCAGUGGUGCUCUUCAACGCUAUUCAGAGCUUCGAUCUGUCCAAUAUCAACUCGAAAACGGCUUUCCAGUUCAUCGGCAAUUUCUUGUACUUGUUCAUCUCGAGCACCUUGCUCGGAGUUUUGGCAGGACUGCUUAGUGCCUACAUAAUCAAGAAGCUCUACUUUGGCAGGCACUCUACAGAUCGUGAAGUUGCUCUCAUGAUGCUCAUGGCCUACUUCUCAUAUAUGCUCGCCGAACUCUGCAAUUUAAGUGCCAUCCUCACCGUGUUUUUCUGUGGGAUCGUGAUGUCUCACUACACCUGGCAUAAUGUCACUGAGAGUUCAAGAGUAACGACCAAGCAUACCUUUGCAACUUUAUCGUUUGUAGCGGAGAUUUUCAUAUUCCUUUAUGUUGGGAUGGAUGCAUUGGAUAUUGAGAGAUGGAAGCUCGUCAGUGAUAGUCCAGCAAAAUCAGUCAAGCUGAGCUCGAUACUCUUGGGACUGGUUUUACUUGGGAGGGCAGCCUUUGUUUUCCCAUUAUCAUUCCUGUCGAACUUGACUAAGAAGUCCAAGUACGACAAAAUCGACUGGAAGCAACAGAUCACAAUUUGGUGGGCUGGCCUCAUGCGCGGAGCUGUUUCUAUGGCUCUUGCUUAUAAUAAGUUCACUCAGUCCGAUGCAAAACUCCGCAAGAACGCAUUCAUGAUCACGAGUACCAUUACAGUUGUUCUAUUCAGCACUAUGGUGUUUGGGCUGAUCACUAAACCUCUGGUCCGGUACUUGCUCCCUUCGCCAAAGCAUUUCACAAGCAUGACUUCCUCUGAGCCAUCCUCCCCAAAAUCCUUCAUCAUCGAACCACUCCUCAGCAACGGGCAGUGCUCGGAAUCCAACGGCCAGAACGUUCCCCGCCCGUCGAGCCUUCGCAUGCUCCUGACCACACCGAGCCGGAGCGUGCAUCACUACUGGCGGAAGUUCGACGACUCUUUCAUGCGCCCUGUCUUCGGAGGACGGGGCUUCGUCCCUUUUGUCCCUGGGUCGCCGACCGAGCGCGACAACCCUCAGUGGCGGUAGAGGUCCUUCAACAAGGUCCUUCGAGAGAGAAUGUACAGAGCAGCCAUUCAUAGUGACGUGUUGUUGUAGGUAAGAUAUUGCGGAUGACGGUUCAAAUGCCAAUCUAAGGCUCGAACUUUUCUGGAGAAGGUUUCUCGGCAUAACUGGUAUUUGCCUGUUGCUCUGGUUUUGCUAGAUAAUAAAAAAUGCUUGUGUCUAUAUAAUGUGUGCUGGGUUCUAUCAAUGCGAUUUUGUGUAGUUUGUAAGCCACCCGAAUUGAAUUUUGUCAGGAUAAUGUUUUAUAUUAAUAUUCUAGUCUA